ACCAAAUAUAGGCACGAGGGUUUCCAAACAUUAGCUCCCUCUCUCAAAAGCCCUAAAAACACUUUGCUCUUUCGGAGGCGCCUCUGCUCAGCUCUUUCAGUUUGCAUCUACCUUCGCUGCAGCAAUGGUGAGAGUGAGUGUUUUGAAUGAUGCUCUUAAGAGCAUGUACAAUGCCGAGAAACGGGGGAAGCGCCAGGUCAUGAUCAGGCCAUCCUCAAAAGUGAUAAUCAAAUUUCUUUUGGUUAUGCAGAAGCAUGGUUACAUUGGCGAGUUUGAGUAUGUUGAUGACCAUAGGGCUGGCAAAAUUGUUGUUGAACUGAAUGGGAGGCUCAACAAAUGUGGUGUUAUUAGUCCUCGUUUUGAUGUGGGAGUCAAAGAGAUUGAAGGUUGGACUGCAAGGUUGCUCCCCUCAAGACAGUUUGGUUAUAUUGUGUUGACUACUUCUGCUGGUAUCAUGGAUCAUGAAGAGGCCAGGAGAAAGAAUGUUGGUGGUAAAGUGCUUGGAUUUUUUUACUAGGCUGUGUCAAGAAUGAACCGAAAUUUUCUGCUUGAGAGGAGUUUUUUUGGUGUAUUACUCAUUUGAUAUAGGAUAGUUCUGUGUUUCAUUUGAUUAAUGUUUUCUUUUUUGGUUAAAAUGUGGGUGUCAGUUUUAUACCCGCAUUAAUGAAGACUCAAAUGUUGCCUUUUGUGUGCUCACCUUUAUCUAAAACCAGUGCGAUGGUUAGUUAGACUACCA